AUGACUCAACACCAAGGUCAAAAUGGAGAUUCGAGCAGUAACCCCAUGUUCGAGUCCUUUGGUCUGCCAGGUACUUUGAAAAUUGGAGGCAAUAGCAGAGGCCCGCAUCCUUCCUCGACUGAACGCCCUGUACACCGUCCGGAAUGGGAUAUCCCUUCCAGCCGUGGCUAUAUUCCUUCUAAAACGAUGAUUAAUGAGCCGCUCCCGGAAAAGCCAUUCCGCAUCAUAUUUCUAGGUGCAGGAGCAGCUGGCAUUGACUUUUUACAUUCGGCCCCCAAAUCGCUGAAAGACUCGAAUGUUAGCAUGGUUUGUUAUGAAAAGAAUGCCGACAUUGGAGGAACGUGGUUGGAGAACCGCUAUCCAGGAUGCGCGUGCGAUGUUCCAAGCAUCUCUUAUACGUUCCCGUGGCGGAGUAAUCCCGACUGGUCCCGCUUCUAUUCGUCGUCUCGCGAGAUUUGGCAGUACAUGCGUCGCAUUGUGGACGAGGAAGGGAUGAUGAAUUACAUCCGCCUACGCCACCAGGUUGUAGGAGCUCAGUGGAAUGAGGAAACUAGCAAGUGGCUGGUUACAAUCCGAAAGCUUGAUGAGACGGAUAGCAAUGGUCACCAUGAAGAGUUUCACGAUGAGUGCGACCUGUUACUGAAUGGUGGAGGGUUUUUGAACUCAUGGAAAUGGCCCGACAUUCCUGGAAUUCACACCUUCAAUGGAGAUCUUUUUCACUCCGCCAAUUAUGAAGAGAGCUAUGAUCUGAAGGGAAAGAGAGUUGCCGUUAUUGGCAAUGGAAGUUCCGGUAUUCAGGUCGUGGCGGAGGCCUAUAAAGAUGCCGCGAAGCUGUAUACCUGGGCUCGUAGCCCAACUUGGAUAAUUGCGGCAAUUGGGCAAAAGAAGGGCAGCAAGGAAGGCCAGAACUUCGAAUAUACCGACGCGCAGAAAGCAGAAUUCCAUCGGGAUCCUGUGAAAUACCAUCGCUAUCAUAAGUCUAUUGAGAAUAGUCUCAAUAAUAGAUUCAGGACUCUUCUCCGAGACACUGCUGAAUCAGACGAGGUCAAUGCGUUUGCAUACACAGAAAUGCGCAAUAAAUUGGCAAACCACCCUGAAAUCAUGGAAACACUCAUGCCAAAGAAUUUCAGCGUGAAUUGCCGCCGGCCCACCCCUGGAAAUGGGUAUCUAGAGGCCCUGUCAGGUUCGAAGACAACUGUUUUACCGGGAAGUAUUCAGGAGAUUACUCCCACUGGCAUUGUGGACAUGUAUGGGAAUAAACACGACGUCGAUGUGAUCAUAUGUGCUACAGGAUUUGAUACUUCGUUCCGGCCCCGAUUUCCCAUCAUCGGCUUAGAUCCUGAAGUAUCACUUGCAGAUAAAUGGGCUUCUUUCCCUUCCAGCUACCUGGGGGUCAGUGUGGACGGGUUCCCGAACUAUUUCUCCUAUGGAGGACCUUUUACUCCUGUGGCGCAAGGAACAGUUCUCCCUAUCCUGACCCUCUUGACACAUCAUUUCUUGGAGAUCAUAAAGACAAUGCGGAAGCAGCAUAUUCGGCGACUAAGUCCUAGGGCUUCAGCAGUUCAAGAUUUUGCCGAGCAUGCCGAAGCCUACCUACCGCGCACCACUUGGGCUGACCCGUGCAACAGCUGGUACAAAAUGGGCACGAAGGACUCCAAGAAGCUUGUUAUGUGGCCGGGAUCUCGCCUAUCUUAUUUCGAAUUGCUUGAACACCCUAUGCUUCAAGACUAUGAGAUUGAAUAUUGGAGUGGGAAUCGAUGGGGAUUCAUGGGUAAUGGUUUUGUGGAUUGCGAGUUUUCCGGAACGAGAGAUCUCACUUGGUACCUGGAUACAUUCUCAGAAAAUUCCAAUUUCGUCAAGGGGGUACCAAUGGAAGGUCCAGCAGAGUUCCAAGGAUUGGCUGAUGGUCGGGUUCCAUGA